AUGGGACUUUUUGCCAAUUUAUUGGUGGCUAUGGCGGUUUUCAAGUUUGCUUUGAUGAAAGAGAAAAGCACUAUUUAUUUUUUGUCGGCUUUUAAUAUUUGUAAUGACACGAUUCAUUUGAUUAUAACUUGUUUUUAUUUGGCUCCAGGCAUUAUUAUGGAUGUGAGUUUAGCUAUUGAUUUUGUUAUAUCUAAGGUGGAAAACUGUUUUUGAGAAAAGAUUUUUCUGAUUUCCGAAUUGGGAGGCAUAAAAAACAACACCACGAUUCAUUUUCAGAACUACAUUCUCUCCGAUUCUCCAGCCAGUGCUUCUUCAAUCUUCAUUUCCGCAAUUUUCAUGUUCAGUUGGUAUGUUGCAAAUAUCACUCUAAUCGUAAUUGCUCUUAAUCGUUUGGCUGUAAUUUGUUAUCGAAAUGGAGAGUUUUUCACCAGAAGAAAUUUAUCGAUUAUUUUUGUGUUGACUGUGAUUUUCGCGGCCGGAAAGGCUUAUAUCAUUCAAUAUGUUUUUCCGUGUUGCGCGUGAGCUUUUUUUCAAAUUUUUUGAAUUAUUGUUGUGUAUUGUGCUUUUUGAAACAGUGAAAAACUCCAAAAAAUAAAAAAAAACUCUAAUAAAGUUCAGUUCGAACCGUAAUCUGAGUCGGAAAAUAAGAAUCUACCUUUUUGCUAAUCAUAAAAUAUACUGAAAAUUAAAAACUAGAAAAAAUCUGGAAGCCUGCGGAUAAUUUUAUAUUUUCCAGCUUCAUCGUGGAUCAAGCUGUUCUUUCGUAUUCCUACCUUCAGAUCGACAAUCUCCCAAACCUCACCGAUAAAAGUGAUAUUCCCCUGAAUGCUCUGACCUCAAUCACCAACAUUGUUUGCUAUUCCCUCGUUUUCCGGAACAUUAAAAAUUCUCGAAAAUGUGUACAAUCUGCAAUGAACAGUGAUGACCAAAAACGCCGUCGAAAACGUGAAUUUGCGUAUGCUAUUCAGUUUUCGAUUAUCUCAAUUUUCUACACUUCUGGUUGGGUUUUGUUUCGUGUUUUUCCAUUAGUUGUUGGAAAUCGCGGAGUUGAAUGGUAUAUUUUGACGGCCUCAUUUCACACUUGUAAUUGUAGUGCGAAUGCGGUUGUUUAUCUUUUCGGAAAUGCAGAGGUAUGGUAGUUGUACUUUUUAUUAUUGGGGAAAUUAUUAUUAGAACUAUGUACAAAUAGAGAAAAAAGAAAAUUAUAAACAAUUUGUUUUCAAAAGUGUUGAAUUAAUUAAAAUUGAUAUUCAGCACCUGAAUUGUUUCCUGUUCAUGUUGUUCUCUGACCAAACAUUUUGGCUAUAAUUAUGUUUCACCAAUUUUCGAAACAGCUUUAACUUUAAAAAAAAUCAGAAAUGAUUAUUCUCUUGAUAUUUUCUAAAAAAAAACUUCCAUGAAACGAUGAAUUAUUUCUUUUUGUCUUCUCCUCUCCGCACAAUAUUUCAAUUUCCAGGUGAAACGUCAUUUGUCAAGCGUGAUCUUUAGCCGAAAGCCAGUCAACUACUCAUCCACUCAUGGACCAUCAUCAACAGAACAUCGCAGCAAAACAUUGCAUUGA